GCUACGUGUCAAUAUUGGUCAAUCCUCUAUACAAAUACACAGAUUUCUCUCCUCCAAUUCAGAAAAUAGAUAACACCGCUAAACCUAAACCCCAAACACCGGCCGGUAGCAAUAAAGCAAAAAACAAAACAAAAAAGAAAAAAGAAAAGAAGGAAAUAUUAAGAGAAAAUGUCACAGAUGGAGAGGAAGCUGGAAAAACCCAUUGAGAUAAAGAAUGAUCAGGAAAGCAAAACCGAGCAUGAGGAACAACAGAAACACAGCAAGGAAAAAGAUGAGCAGAAGGAGGAAGACGAUUCACUUCCUCUAAUGGCGUUGAACCACGUAUCGAGGUUGUGCAGAAAUGUGGAGGAGUCGGUGGAUUUCUAUACCAAAGUGUUAGGGUUUGUUAAGAUUGAGAGGCCACCAGCUUUUGAUUUUGAUGGGGCUUGGUUGUUUAAUUAUGGAGUUGGGGUUCACUUGGUGCAGUCUGAGGAUGAGGAGAGGCUUCCACCUAAUCAGGAUCACUUGGAUCCCAUGGACAACCAUAUCUCUUUCCAGUGUGAAGACAUGGAAGCAAUGGAGCGGAAGUUGAAGAAGCUGGAUAUAAAGUACAUAAAAAGAGCAGUCGAGGAUGACGAAAACGGAACCACAAUCGACCAACUCUUCUUCAACGAUCCAGACGGAUUCAUGGUUGAGAUGUGCAACUGUGAGAAUCUCAAGCUUGUUCCUGCAGGUUCCUUGGGCAGAAUAAAGCUUCCAGUUGAUAGGCAUACUCCCCCUGUUGAACUCAACCAAAACGACAAUGGCAAAAGACAACAACAAUGAUACUAAAUAAUCAAGUUGUUGAGGCUUCUUUUAAAUUAUCAACAUAUGCAUGCUGAUGUUAAGGGUAGCUUGGUCAGUUGGCAAUUUUCA